CGUGCUACGCUGUGAACGUGACUAAACUCAGUUUGCCGAAUGACGCAACGAAUCAACCUUUCUAAAACGUAUUUUAUGCGCCGUAUCGUAAUUUCGCCUUUUUCUCGCGCUACAGCCGGCGCUCACGCCUCCACCCUCCUUUGGCUCAUUCGCUUUUCCAUGAAAAACAAAGCGGCCAGGAGACGACAACGAAUUGACGCGCAGACGGUAUGAGUGUGCAGAGAGGAAAAAAAAAAAAAGAAAAAAGGAAGAGGUCGAAAGCGACAAAAAGUGUUUAACGUGGCGUAGUGUAGCGAACAGUAGCGGACCGGUUCUCUCGCUAAAUUAAAUUCAUUCACGUGCGAGGACUGCUAACUACAAACCCGUAAAAUGCCAUUCCGAAAUUAGAUCACGAGAUUGCGUGUCAGCAGUUGGAUCAUGAAUGAAUCUUUUUUCCGGAAUGUUUGCUUGCUCAUCGACGAACCCGGUCUCGCACAGGAUUGAAAAAGUGAAUGGGUCACGAACGCUCGAAUGACGAUCCUCAAAUCCACUUGCUGUAUAAUAACCUACUACUGACCAAGCAACGAUUGAAGGGUCGCAUGCGAGAAAUAGGCAGCUUCGUUUUUACCUAUCUUAUGGACUGACUGAUCUGGAAGAAGCUGUUUAAAAAAUUAAGGAAUGAUGAAAAAUUAAGAUACAUUCGUUUCCCGUGCUUGCAGACACAAUGACGCUUAUGAGCCUGCUCCUAUCUCUAUUAUUUGUCGCUAUGACUAAAUGUCAACCCAUAUCCUAUGUGUACGAUGAAAGAGAAUUGUCGCGGGACAAUCAUCCUCUCCUACUUCUCGUCGAUCAUCCAAUUCCAGACUUAGAGAAUGAAAUGUUCGACUCGGGAAACGAUCCUGAAUCAACGGUGGUCCGGACGAAACGAUUGGAAUCAAAACGCAUUGGAUCGUUGUCGAUCGUGAAUUCCUUGGACGUAUUACGACAGAGAGUUCUUCUUGAACUUGCCCGGCGUAAAGCUUUGCAGGAUCAACAACAAAUUGACGCAAAUCGACGUAUUUUAAAAACUAUCGGAAAAAGAUCGUUACCGCUUUACAACAAAGACGUGCCCAAAGCUAUCGAUUCAAGAAUAAGAAACGGAAUUGAUUAUGUGAUCGAACAGGAAGAGAAGAGCCAUGAUCGAAACGUGGUGCCAGAAAGGAUCCCUGACAGAAUGCAGAACUGGCUACGAAAUGACGAUUCCGCUUUUCGAGAAAGACAAGACGAUCAAAUGCGAAGGAUCCAAGCGAAUGAGCUACGUUUGCUGUAAUCAACACAAAGGAAGAUCAUAAUACACUAUCGCUAUAUUACGAUUUUUUAUCUAACAAGCUAAUGGAUUGCAUAUAGUUUAUCUAUUAUUCGUCAUAAUCCUCAGGUUUUAUCAUAUAUAUAUACAUAUAAUACAUACAUGUAUCUAUACAUUUUGUGCUGUGCAAAAUUCAUAAUUUAAUAUCGCGUUUCAUUCAUGAAUUAUACGCAGAUUAUUCAUGUGUCAAGCGUAAAGUAAAUAUUAGCGCAUGAAGUUACCAGUAGUGCAAAAAGUUUAACAAUCAGAAUAUAUCAGUAUUUUCUCCUAUCUCUUUUAUUUAAGUUUUAGUCAUCUUAAUUCUAAGUAAUUUUGUAGCAUCCAGAAGAGGAGGGAAAUAGAAAUACCAUGUGAAACAUAUGAUAUCAAUUUUCUUGUCUAUACUCAUACUUUUUUCUUCUCUAUACUAAUUAUACAAAACGAUUUAGCUUUAGCUCUCGGACUAGACGUUUUACUAUUUUCUAUUUCUUCCUUUUCAAUAGCGCAAAAAAAACACGAAACAAAACAGUAUUAUGCGUUGUGAUCCCUUAAAGUCUGCCCAACCAGUAAACCCCAGACAGAAGACAUUUUAUAUCCAAUUUUGGAUAUAAUUUAAUGUAAAUGUUUCUUCGUAUUAGUAUUAAGUUUUACGAACACGACGAUAGAAAUGUUUUAAAGUAUUUUAUUAUAAUUAUUUUGAAAUACGACUCUUAAUUAAAAUUAACUGCGAAGACGUGCAAAGGAAAAACAAAUUGUAUUUAUCUAUUGUACAGUAAAAUUUCUUGAACAACCAAGUAUUCAUGUAAUAUUUUGGUAAUCAUUUCAAACCGAACUUAGACGUUAUUUACAAAUAUAGAUCCAAAUGGCUGUAAAUUUAAUGUAAUGUAAUUAUUUAAAUAUAUAGAUCAAACGCUUUCUUCUCAACAAAUUUCACUCGUGAAAGGAAUAAAUGUAGUUAAGAAUAAAUGUUCCAUAGAACUAUCUCUUAAA